AUGGACUGGGGGGCCGGCAAGAACACCAACAUCCGGGAGUUCGCGCAGGAGGGCGACCAGAUCACCAUGCAGUACUCCUUCGAGGGGCCAGGGCUUGGGGGUCUGGGCUUCACCGAGACCUACACGGUGGGGAGCGGUGUGCAGGAGAUCACCCGCAUGGGCGGCGCCAAGAUCAUGGUGGAGCCGGUCUGGGAGUCCGAGUCCGUUCUGCGGGUCACCAACAUGAACCCGGCCAAGCAGACCAAGGGCUGGGCCAAGACCCUGAUCACAGGCACACAUCGGGAAACAGGGCAGAGCCCAGAGGCUAGCUGGGAAGCCCAGGAGGAUCUUCUCCCGGCUCUCCAAAGCCAUGCGCUCCGGGACCGGAGCCGCCCGGGUGCUCAGGCUGCGCCCGAGCUGAGCACGGGCGGCGUCCGGACCUUGGCCUCGGUGGGUGCUGCCCUGUUGACCUUUGCAGGGGCCAAAGCGCCGCGGCUUGCGGCGCAGCCAGCUCGGGUUUCGGCCUUGGAUCAGGAAAGCCUGAAGUCGAACAACAAGUUUGCCUUUAAGAUGGUGAAGAUUUGCGUCAUUGUCACACUCUUGCCCUUCCUGUUCUGCAUCAAGAAUUUCUUCUACGAUCGCUCACUGAGCGACUUCGAUGUGGAGUAUGGCCCCCACUUGGCCCAUCCGGCCCUGCGCACGACCUCAAUCCUCCAGGCGGUGAUGGUCUUUGCAGCCGUGAUGUGGCGGGAGAAGUAUCGCAGUGACCCCAUAGACAGGCUCUUCGCAUGGCUCUUCGUUCCUGAAGCUAUUGCGCACAUCCUGCUCCACUGGUUCAGCCACCACCACGCCUUCGCCAACUUCGCCUUCGCCUACGCCUUCAGCGCCGGCAUCGCGCUGCCCGGGUUCCUCUCGCUGCUGUGCUACGUGCCCAAGGAGAAGAAGCUGCCCUGGGCCUACCUGGCCUUGUACGUGGCGACGCAGAUCCCCAUCGUGGCGGGGCUCACCAACAUGGUGGGGCCCGCUAAGAUGCGGCUGAACUACGCCAACAUCAAUACGGCUUGGAUCACCACGCCCUUCUUCUACGGGAUCCUGAAGCGGUGGAGGGACGUGCCGAAGAGCCCGGUGGUCUUGGCCACGCUGACCAUCAGCUACCAGGUGGCCAUGGGCAUCAUGGGCCCCAUCACCGGCGGCUCGGAUUUGAAGCUCUACGACCCCAGCUGCAUCUUCCAGCAUGGGGUGGUGGACAUCGGCUUUGGGCUGGCCUACGCGGUGUCCAUUGUGUGCGGGGUCUUCCGGCCCAAGGUGCCGGUGCCGGAUCUGGGGAUUUGGGAAGUGGUGGAGGGGUGGGGGGAGGAGGGUUGCACGCUGUGGGUCUCGUGGGAUGUGCUUUGGACGGGACGGCUGCCAGAGGUGUGCAACGAGAAGGUGCCGUUGCCGCCUCACUUUGAAGCACCCUGUACAGUCCAGUGCGGAAGGAUUUGUCACCUGGACUGCACGCAGGCGUACUUGAAGGCUCAGAACAUCGCCUCCUUUGAAGCUCCUCGCGCUCUGCUGCAAUUCGUUUCCCAAGCAUUUCAGGUGGGAACUGCUCGCCUGAUCGACUGCCCCUGUGGCAAGGGCGUCUACGCGCCCUCCUGCGCGGUGUGCGGUCGGAGCUUGGUGCCGCCCGCGGCGUUGGCACAGAGCUCCAGCGGCAAACGGGACUUGCGCGGCUCCCUGCGGACGAGUCCUGGCGCAUCAGACGUGCCUCAAGGCGAAGGCCUUCGGAGCGCGAAGGGACUGCCGACUCUGCCGGCGGCCCUGGGUGAUGUGAGCCCAGUUCGGCUCCCGGCGGAGCGGGCCUUUGGCCGUAGCCACUGA